AUGAAGCUGUUCCUAUUAUUUCUGCUGGUGGGCGUUGGAAUAGCGGCGGAUUUGAAUGACAUCACCGUCAAAAUCGAGAGGCAUUUCCCGUGUUCGGCUUCGUCGGGUAAGUGGCUCAGAUACGCGAUGUAAAAUCGAGGAAAAUGGAAGAAAAUUUUCAAUUUUCAAAAAUCAAACAUUGUAAAGCCUUUUUAAUGGCAAGUCAGCAUUUUUAAGCAAAUCAUGGAUUUUUUUCAAUAAAUUUCUUAUAAAACUUUGCCCUUCAGGUCCUCCAAAAGACAGUCUGAGGAUAAAGUUCCCCAGCUACAAGUCGGAGGGAGUCCAAUUCACCGAAGAGCAAUCCGCCAACGGCAAUAAAUGCUUCCGAAUGUCCGGAGGAAAGGUGGAAGUCCUCCCUCCCGGUCUAGAUGGAUCCAAAAAAUACUACGUUCAUGUGGAAACCAGAAUCGGAAUUAAAGGCAAGCCAGAGCGUUGUAUCAACGCCGACAAGGACGGCUGCGGCGGAAUUGGAUCAUGGUAAGAAUCACUAAAAAGAAUUUUAAUUAUUUAUAUCACUUUAGUGUGCACUGUGACAUCUGCAAACAGAAGGGCGGAUCUCUCCGCAACUUUAUUCAAAUCUUCCAAAAGGACAAACCCGCCGAAUGCAGCGCCGAAGGACUGCCGGAGGGAACUUAUGACGAUCUUUCGUUGAAGGUCUGCCUCCCAAAUAAGGAAGAAAUGAUGAAAUUCUUGGACCCCGAUGUCAAGAGAGCCAAGCAAAUCUGGAACAUCUUCAUGCAAACCCGAUCUCAAGCCGGAGUAAGUCCAAAAUUCGCAAAAGGUUUUGUUAAACAGCCUAAAACUUCAUAGAAUUAUAAAAAUUUUGAUGAAAGCCCAAAUAUGGGGUUCUCAUGUUCACUGAAACUAAGCAGAAUUUUGAGAUAAAAACUUUCUAAAAAUAAGACACAUCAGGCAAAAUUUUUAGGUCACAGUUUGCAGAAAUCAUGCAGGUUUUCAUGGCCAAAAUUCUGGAAUUUUUCAAAAGUUUCAAGAUAAAAAAGACAUUCAUGUUUCAAACGCCUUAUAAAAUUUCAAAAAAAGAAAAUAUUUUUUCCGCACGGAAUUGGCAUAGGUAUAGUCAAAAACACAUUUCCCAGCCCGUUCUCCUCAUUUUCCAUAGUAUCUCACAAUCAGCUGUAACGAUCGUUGAACAUUUCGGCUGUACUUGCUAAUCGGAAGUUAAGAUUUUCAACAAUUAAUAUUACAUGGCAUAGAUAUAAUAUCUAGCCAAAAUUGAAAGGACAUCCGAUACCCUCGCCUUGGACAGUUUCCUUGUUACCAAAACUGUCAAGUACAAUAUAAUUCCUUCGUUUUUCAGAACAUUCCCCUAGUUAUUGCGGCCCGCCUCUUCGACCGACCCAUCAACCAGCUCUCCACCAAAGAUUUGAACGACGCUUUGCACGGCGCGAAGGAGGGCAUGAUCGGUUGUCACUGGAUCUACGCGACCAUCUCAUCUCAGUAA